AUGAGAUGUGUACGGACUCUGCGCUGGUUCACGGAUAGUCGAUUACUUCAGAAAAAUUAUUCACCUUUGGCUUUGAUCAAUUCACGAUUAAGUACGGAGCCACCACGUUUUAGGGCCGUGUACUUGGUCCGCGCUUUAAAAACGCACKUCAAAUCUGAACACUGCAGAAGACGUCGCGUUAUCAGGCGUCUGUGCAGCGGUACCGGUGAUUUUAGAGUGAUAAAGGAAGUCACAAAGACUAGAAGGAACACUGAUGCUUCAAGAAUACUGUCUCUGGCAAAGCCAGAGAGAUAUCGGUUGUUAGAUGUGUCUGUGGACUUUGUUUGUCCAUCAUUUGCCUGUCCAUCAUUUAUCUAUAUUUCAUUUUUUCAAAACACUUCAGGACAAAGAGUGAUAAAGAACCUCCGACAAAAAUUAUUCAGCUCAAUAUUGGUCCAAGAAACAGCAUUUUUUGAUCACACAAGAACUGGGGAACUUAUUAACCGGUUGUCAGCUGACACCAUUCUUGUUGGGAAAGCUGUGACAGAUAAUGUAUCUGAUGGUCUCAGGGCUACUGCUCAAGCUUUGGCCGGUGUUUCAAUGAUGGUAUAUGUGUCUCCUAAGCUUGCUGGUGUGGUAUUGGUGAUAGUGCCUUCCAUAGCAUUAGCUGCUGUCAUGUAUGGGAGAUUUCUUAAGAAAAUUACAAGAAAAGUACAAGAUUCACUUGCAGACUCAACUCAGGUUGCUGAAGAGAGAAUCUCCAAUAUCAGGGUUGUGAGGGCAUUUGGACAAGAAAAUAAAGAGAUUGAAAGAUACACUCAAAAUAUAGACAAUGUUUUCAAGUUGUCAUUGAAAGAAGCAUUAGCAAGGGCUGUGUUUUUUGGAUUUACUGGUUUUUCRGGUAAUUGUGUUGUUCUAACAGUCCUGUAUUGUGGAGGAGUCAUGAUGACCGAUUCACAAAUCUCUGUWGGAGAUCUCACCUCUUUUCUUUUAUACACUGGGUUUGUUGGAGUGUCAGUUGGAGGCUUAAGUUCAUUUUACUCUGAGUUGAUGAAAGGCAUUGGUGCAAGUGGACGAAUCUGGCAGUUGAUUGACAGACUUCCAGCAAUACCACAUAGAGGAGGUAUUGUGCCUCAACUGGACAGCAUUACAAACAUUGAAUUCAAAAACAUCCAUUUUUCCUACCCGUCUCGACCUGAUGUACCAAUAUUCAAAGGCUUAUCACUAACUGUGCCUGGAGACUCUGUGACAGCGGUAGUCGGACCAAGUGGAUCUGGUAAGAGUAGUCUAGGCUCUUUACUUCUUAGGCUGUAUGAUCCAGACAARGGUCGUGUCUUGGUGGGUGGGCAUGAUGUCACAACUCUUUCUCUUGAUUGGCUUAGAGGAACAACUGGUACUGUUCACCAGGUAAGCUAUGCAACCAACAUGACAUCUGAUAGAUUGUAUAUGACAGAAUAUCAAAUUCUUAAAGACUGCAACAUGACAUCUGAUAGAUUGUAUAUGACAGAAUAUCAAAUUCUUAAAGACUGCAACAUGACAUCUGAUAGAUUGUAUAUGACAGAAUAUCAAAUUCUUAAAGACUGCAACAUGNNNNGACUAUUUUCUCCCACUAGUGCACUGGAUUCAGAAAGUGAACAUUUGGUUCAAGAAGCACUUGAACGUCUGAUGAAAGGACGGACAGUCAUAACAAUUGCUCACCGUCUAUCAACUAUAAAGAAUGCUGAUCACAUAGUUGUYCUUGAUAGUGGGAAGAUUGCUGAGUCUGGUUCGUACCACGAACUUAUGGAUARUGAUGAUGGRCUGUUUAGGAAGUUAGUUGAAAGACAAACAAUUGUUAGUCGUUGAUGUAGCAAUGGAUGCUGGUACAAGCAUUUUAUGAAACCAAACAWUGCAAUCAAACAAUCAAGGGACAGAMCAGGAUUUAUACAAAYAUACCAGACAAAAACAUAGUAAUGGCCKURAACCAUCUAAAUUAUGUAACUACAAUUGCACUURCAAGUUUAGAACAAAAGUGARCCAUUUUUUUAAUUUACACUUGUCYGCGUGGGAUUGAAAUCAGUUAUUGAGUUAAGAGACUUCUGGACUAAAUUCAGUUGUGAUUGUCGUCCAUUGCACUGGUAAGGGUAAUAGAAUAAGAAAUCAAAUAAGAUAAUAGAUAAAUAAUGAAAAUAAGAACGAAUAUACUAUCAGCAUAUCUGAGUUUUAKUAAAAUGACGUUAAUCUAAAA